CAAUUAUAAUAAAAACCUCCCAAAGAACUUCCAUUCAGUACACAACGCUUCUUUCACACCCUCUUCUAAUUCUAUAAAUAACCUCUCUUUGUGCCAUACUUUCCAUUCAAAUCACCAUGUCGCAACCCAACCCCUACCUCCUCGCCUGCGACAACCCAACCGCCCUCCUCACCCUCCUGCGCUCCAACCCCUCCAUCGCCUCCAACCAAGAUGAACACGGCUACUCCCUCCUCCACGCCGCAGCCUCCUACAACCACCUCGACCUCCUGCGCGCCCUCGUCCAAGAAUUCCACGCAGACGUAAACCUCCUCGACGAAGACGCCGAAACCUGCCUCUUCGUCACCGAGACCGUCGAAAUUGCCAAAUGCCUCGUCGAAGAGCUCGGCGUGAACUACGCCCACAAAAACGACGAGGGAUUCACCGCCCAGGAGACCAUUGAAGCCGACGGCUCGUUCCCCGAGGUCGCCGCCUACCUCCGCCAGGUGAUGGGUCUGCCUCCUCUGCCCGCUCAGGACCAGGUUGCCGACUCGCUGAACCCGGCGCCGCCGCUGCCGCCGAACAUCCAGGUUAAUCUGGGGACUAUGUCGGAGCAAGAGGCGAAUGCAGGGACCGAGCAGGUGGAUCCGGAGUUCAAGCGGAGGAUUGAUGAGUUAGCGGCGAGGGAAGAUUUCCAGAGUGAGGAGACGCAGGCGCAGCUGCGUGAGUUGGUUAUGGAGGCUAUUCGGGGGUCGAGUGUUGAUACAUCAGAGCGGGAGGUGAGGCGGAGGGUGGAUUAAGGCUUUUUCUUUUCACACUUGCGUAAGGGAAAUGUUCUUGUUCAGUAAGGGCUACUGCGCUGCUUGAUGGCGCCCGUUACCUGUAUCCCGGAUUGCCGACUUCCUGAGAGGGGCCGGUUGGCGUCGGUUUGAAAUGGCUGACUUUGCCGUGUCCCUGUUAUUCGGGCUUGAGUAUGGUCACUGUUCUCCGGGGAGUAAUCAGGCCCGAGAGAUGAGGUGCAGGAGGUAAGAAUCUUCCUCUUUUCGCUAUCUGUGCCCCUGGCUGCAGGAAGUCGUGGCGGACUACCCGCCAGAUGUGCUACAGGAGGUGGGAUACGGGACUCCAAUCGCCUAGAGGCCGCAAGGGAUGCAAUGCAUGACAGCCGGGACAUAUCCGAUCUUUUUGAUGUCUAUUAUAAAAGUAGUACUUAUGACUAGCGUUCGUUUCAAGGCCAUGAUCAUCCCAUCUGUGGUAGCCUCAGGCA